AUGUCGCUGUCUCGGCUGAGCUCUGUGCGGACCGGCGGUCGCCUGGUCGCCAUCCAGUCACAUGCCCGCGGAGCCGCUCAUGCUGCUGCGACGACGGCGGUGUCCGAUUCUGAUGAGCCGGGCUUUCUGCAGAAGGUGAUGCUGCGCUGGAAAGGGAUCCCGUUGAAGGGUGAAGCCCAGCCGCCGAAGACGAUGUUUGAUGAUAUUGGGCGUGAAUGGUCUGCGCCGGAGCCAUUGCCCGCCAUGCCGAAGGAUUUCAAGGAACACCCCGAGCGAGACCUGGUGAACUUUCCCUAUCCGGAGCGCGCUAUGUACCCUCCCAAGACGCGAAUGCUGAUGAUCCCCGAUUCGUGGUGCACUCCUUUCCACAAGCUGACUGGAACCUCGGGCCCAUAUCUAUUCUUCGGCGGUGCGUUCGCCUUCCUGGUCAACAAGGAGCUGUGGGUGUAUGAGGAGCAGGGCCACAUGACGGCCGGUUGGAUCCUUUUCUACCUGCUCAUCUCGCGCUCCGUCGGCUUCCGCCUGGACCAGUACUUGUACGGAGAAUUCCAAAACAGGAUGAAUUACUUCAAGGGGCUUAUCCAAGAAGACCUCAAGGAUGCCACCGAGUUCCGAAAGACUUCUGCCGCUGAGACCACUUCGCUACAGGCCGUCAAGGAAUCCUUCCCCACGAUCCUCAAGGAGAACAUGGAGCUGCAACUCGAGGCCACGUACAGGAAAAAUGUUUCGACGGUCUCCACCGAGCUACAGCGCCGUAUCAACUAUCUCAAGGAUACGGAGGACGCGAAGGCCCGUUUUGAGAAGAAUCUCAUGCUGAAGUGGAUUGUGGAGGGGGUGGAACAGCAAGCGACGGAUGCCAAGUUCAAGGAGCAGUUCCUCUCCAACUCGAUCCAGCAGCUGAAGGGCUUGAAAGUCAACGUC